AUGGUACACCAUAUUAGUUCCACUGUCCCACUCCAUACUGUCGUGAGCUGUGUUCGGUACGAAACAUGUGCUGUUAAUUUUAGAAGACAAUCUCUGUAUGUUGCUCUUGCAAUACCGACUGUCAUGGCGGUUUUAGCAUUUGCCAUUCUUAUCUCCCUCUGUUGUGGGUCCAAUGCCCAGCUCCCGACUUCCUUUCUGUUUAACGAAUUCAACGAAAGCGGUUUAAUUUUACUGCAGAGCGCUUCGAUCAAGUCGAAUGCGCUGAGGCUAACCGACCAGUCGAUGAAUACGGUGGGGCGUGCUCUGUUGGAGAAUGCCCUGCAUUUGAAGAAGACCAAUAAUUCUGUUUUAUCGUUUAGUACCACAUUUGUCUUCUCCAUUGUGCCCCCUACUAAUAACCCUGGGCAUGGACUAACUUUCCUGAUGUCCCCUUACAGGUCCCCUGUUAGCGGAUCGGAAAUUGGCUAUCUUGGUUUGUUAAAUAAGUCCAGUGAUGGAAGGGAAGACAACCAUUUAUUUGCAGUCGAAUUUGAUACACACCUCAACCACUGGAAUAAUGACAUCAAUGGCAACCACAUCGGAGUCGAUCUCAACACCAUCAAUUCCAGAGUGUCUAAAAUUGCUGGUUAUCAGACUGGCGAAAACUUAGAGGAAUUGAAAAUGGCAAGCGGGCAGAACAUUCAAGCGUGGAUUGAUUACGAUGGCCAUCAACACAAUCUCAAUGUUACCAUCGCCUUAGCCGGGAUGUCAAGGCCUCUGAAUCCGCUGAUUUCUAUGCAAAACAUUAACCUUGCUGACAUCUUCAAAGAAGAAAUGUAUGUGGGAUUUUCUGCUGCUACAGGACGUGAAGCCGUUGAAGACCAUUACAUUCUGGCUUGGAGCUUCAAUUCGGACGGCAUGGCACCAACUCUAGAUCUAUCCCAUCUUCCUUCCUUCAUAAGGUCAAAAGAGCAAGCAGAGAGAGGUCGGGGAAGAAUUAUAGUUGGGGUUUCUGUAGGUUUGUUUAUUUUAGUCGUUCUGGGUAGUCUGUUUGUAUGGUACUGGUUGAAACGCAAGAAGCAGAGAGAGGUUGGAGAAGAAUGGGAGGUAGAGUUCUGGCCCCACAGAAUUCCCUAUGAAGAAUUGAGAACCGCCACACACGGCUUCAGUGAAGAAAGCUUGUUGGGUAGAGGAGGUUUUGGGAAGGUAUACAAGGGAGUUCUGCCCAGCACAGGACGUGAAGUUGCCAUAAAAUGUUUGACCAGAGAUCUCCACCAAGGAAUGAAGGAUUUUGUUGCGGAGAUUUCAAGCCUGGGGCGUCUGCAACACAGAAAUCUAGUUCGGCUUCACGGGUGGUGCCAGAACAAGAAUCAGCUCUUUGUUGUUUAUGAUUACAUGCCAAAUAAGAGCCUGGAUCGAUUCAUAUUCGGCAACCCAGAGAAUGUUCUUGGAUGGCCGCUGAGGUAUAGCAUUCUCAAGGGAGUGGCUGCUGGAUUGUUGUAUCUGCACCAAGAAUGGGAAUGGGUGGUUGUGCACAGAGACUUGAAGUCUCAAAAUAUCUUGCUUGACUCACAAUUUAAUGCAAAGUUGGGAGAUUUUGGACUUGCCCUUUUGCAUGACCCAACUCAGAAAUCCCAAACCAGUGGUGUGGCAGGAACCUUGGGCUACAUGGCACCAGAAAUCACGCGCACAGGAAAAGCCACUGUAGGCACAGAUGUAUACAGCUUCGGUAUAGUGUUGCUGGAGGUUGCUUGUGGAAGACGGCCUUUAGAUGAAUCUGCUGAAACGGAGAAAUUAGUGCUGGUGGACUGGGUGAGGCAGCUGUAUGCGGAGGAUAGGUUAAUGGAUGCAGUUGAUGCAAAGCUUGAGGGAGAGUAUAACGGUGAAGAGAUGGAGAGGGUGCUUAACUUGGGAGUUGUGUGUUCUCAUCCUCAACCAGAUUGUAGGCCUGACAUGAAACAGGCGUUACAGAUGUUGGAAGGGCAAUCUCCAAUUCCAGUUGUAGAUCUUAAGACGAUUCAUAGUGAAGAUGCCAAAGAACAUUUCAGCACCGAGUAUUCAGUGAAUAGUGCAGGCUGUGGUCCUCCCAGUGCUCGAUAA